ACGCCUACACAACACGGAAGCUAGUGUGUGUUAGCUCUGGAAUCAGCUGUAUCCUGGAGACAUGAGUGUACAACUCACCCCGGGGGCCAUUGGCAUCCUGUUCAAUGGCUCAGAGGUUAAAAACCCUGUUCUGCAGCUGCUGAACUUGAAGAAGAUCAGUAGUCCCAAUGGACCAAACAGGUUCCGGCUUAUGAUGAGUGACGGGCAACAAUCAUCAACUUCCUUCCUGCUGGUCACGCAGUUAAACCAUCUGGCUGAAGAGAGCAUCCUGGAACCAAACUGUGUGUGUGUGCUGAAGAAGACCCUCACCAACACGCUGGCGGAUGGCAGGCGUGUCGUGGUGGUGAUGGGUCUGGAGAUCUUGCAGUCGGCUGUGGAAACUGAAGGAAAGAUUGGAAGUCCCACUCCAUUCGGCACAGAUGAUAGAUCUCCAGAGAAUUCGGGCUCAAGCACCUUUGUGUCUUCCUCGGCUGCAGCACCUGAACCCUCCAAUGAGAGCAGCAGCACAGCUGAUUCUCCUCCCAGAGGUAAUGGAAGAAGUUUUGUGGGGACAUCACCCAUGAUGGCCUCACCCAUGAAGGCCUCACCCAUGAAGGCCUCACCCAUGAUGGCCUCACCCAUGAAGGCCUCACCCAUGAAGGCCUCACCCAUGAAAGCCUCACCCAUGAAAGCCUCACCCAUGAUGGCCUCACCCAUGAAGGCCUCACCCAUGAAGGCCUCACCCAUGAAGGCCUCACCCAUGAAGGCUUCACCCAUGAUGGCCUCACCCAUGAAGGCCUCACCCAUGAAGUUUGUUUCACCCAUGAAAGCCUCACCCAUGAAAGCUUCACCCAUGACACCCUCACCCAUGAAGUUCUCGCCCAUGAAGGCUACGACCUCUUCUCCAGGUUCUUCAACAAAAGUGUGGCCUAUUGAAACCCUCAACCCCUACCAAACCAAGUGGACUAUCAGAGCCCGAGUUACCCACAAGUCCAGUAUCCGCACCUGGAAUAACUCUAAAGGAGAGGGCAAGCUCUUCUCCUUUGAGAUAGUGGAUGAGAGUGGAGAAAUCAGGGUCACAGCAUUCAAAAAUGAGGUGGACAAGUUUUUCUCUUUAGUGGAGCAAGGCAAGGUGUACUACAUCUCCAAGGCUACGCUGAAGCCGGCCAACAUGAAGUACACCACAGUGAAGAACGACUAUGAGAUGACCCUCCAGGCCAAUUCGUCCAUUGUGUUGUGUGAUGACAGCCAGGGAGUCCCCACACUGAACUGUGACUUUGUGCCCAUCGCCGAGCUGGAAAACAGAGACAAUGACGCCAUCGUUGAUGUUAUCGGUGUCUGUAAGAGUGUGGAGGAUGUAUCCCGGAUCACCACGAAGGCCAGCAGAGAAGUCUCCAAGAGGGCCCUCAGCCUAAUAGACACAACAGGCAAAGUGGUGACAGUCACACUGUGGGGAGAGGAGGCAGAGAAGUUUGACGGCAGCCAGGAGCCCGUGGUCGUUAUCAAAGGGGCUCGCGUGUCUGAUUUCGGAGGCAGAUCUCUCUCUGCCUCGUUCGGCUCGACAGUCAUGGUCAACCCAGACAUACCAGAGGCCUUUAGACUGAGGACCUGGUACGACUCGGAUGGCUUCGCUCUCAACAGCCAAUCCCUGACCAGCUCGUGGUCAGCGAGCAGCGGAAUGAAGAUCAACUGGAAAACACUGAGUGACGUGAAGAACGAAAGCAUGGGACACGGAGAGAAGGCAGACUACUUCAGCUGUGUGGCGACGCUGCUGUUCACUCGUAAGGACACUUGUCUCUACCGGUCCUGUCCGUCUGCAGACUGCAAGAAGAAGGUUACAGACCAACAGAACGGGAUGUACCGCUGCGAGAAGUGUAGCAGAGAGUUCCCCAACUUUAAAUACAGAUUCCUACUCUCUGCCAACUUGGCAGACUUCGGGGAUAACCAGUGGGUGACAUGCUUCGAGGAGACAGCCGAGGUCUUAUUAGGUCACACUGCAGAAGCACUGGGCGAGUUUAAAGACACAGACGAGACGGCCUUUGAUGAAGUCUUCCAGAAAGCCAACUUCACGACGCACAUCUUUAAAAACAGAGUCAAGCUUGAGACGUACAAUGACGAGAGUCGAGUCAAGGUAACCGUCAUUGAAGUCCAGCCGCUGGACCACAGGGAAUACAGCCGGAGACUCCUCAGAGACAUCCGCACGAUGUCCAGCUCGGACCGAGUCUUCCAAGCGUCUGCGUGGUAAUUAAACCCGUCUCCGGCCGACCUCCGGUGUGUCAGACGUCUUCCUCCAGCCAGAUAACGGCGUCUCUGACGGAGGCGGCAGAGGGCGGACGGUGAUUCACCAAAACAAAUGGCAGCCAAACAAAAGACUGAUAUUUAGUUGUUCGCUUCCUUCAACAGUUCUGAAACAUUGGAAAUUGCUUUCACCUUUUUUAAUUUGUUGACAUUUUAAGGGAGAGGUUUGACUUUUAUAAUAGAAGUGAGUUGUAUUUUUAUGUCUUUUAAUCAAAACUAAGAUCAACGCUUUUUUCUUUUACAAGUGCAAUAAUGAUCACUGCAGGGACGUGAGACAAGUACGAUUUAUUUGUGUGUUUUAAAAAAAUUAAGACGUGGCUAAGUGUGUUGAAGAUGUUUGCAUUUUGUUUGAACUGUUUUCACUGUGUCCUCUUAAUGGGAUUCUUUGUUAUUUAAAAAAAAAAAAGUUUGGUUUGCUGUUUGCCCUUUAACGAAGGGAUGAUUAUAAAAAUGUUCUUUACACAAAA